CACAUUGCCAUCCUCCCAACACAGUUGAGCGCGGGAGAUCGCAAACUGGAACCAUUUUUACUUCAAGAGUGAACAUUAAGAAAUAAAAAAAACAGUUCUUGAAACGAUGAAGUUUCAUUUUUCUACCUGGCCCUAUAGGCAGGAUUGAUCAGUAUGAGUUCGGCCACGGAGAACCAGACAAGGGGAGUGAAGAGGAUUCAAGAAUUCCUCGCUGAUUUGGUGGUACUGGGGUCGCUGCAGGGUUUCCGAUACUUCCAGCCCUGGUUGCGGGGUCGUGAGGAGUUGCUGCUGACCGUGGUGAAUGAGGAUUCCAGCUGGCGAUCGGCUAGUUUUCCUGGGAGUCUGGUGAAUUCUUCCAGCGAGGGUAUUGGAGUAGCCGAGUUGCCCUAUGCUGACCAAUCUCUGCUGACAUCACUUCCAUCACAGAAGAGAAUGAGCAGCUGUGGGCAUACCGAUGUAGGACUGCCUCCAGCAUCUCCCUGUGAUCGGGAAAUUGCACUCCCAGAGCUGAACUGUACCCUCUUCCUCUUGGCCUGCUACGCCAAGUACCAGUGCCCGUAUGUGUGGAUCCGAUCCAACCACGAACGUCUUAUUAAAGCCACGAGUGGGAACUGGGCAUCCAAGGACAGUCCUCUGAAGCUGAACUCCACUCGGGAUUGGCGCCAGAGCGGUGGACAGAUUUGGGAGAUUGUGGCUGAGCUGGUGGAACUCUGCACGUGGCCUACACCAUCGAACCCCUUCACCUUGGACAUAAGGUACUUUGAGUCUCUGCCUCUAAUCGAGAGGUUCCUGGCUUCGGGGGCCAUGGCUGACUUCCUCCAGAGGAUAGUGAUUCACGGAAACCGAGAAAAGCUCUACUACACCAAAGUUUUAGAUGAGCUGGAAACCCUGAACCGAUUUCACGUUAAGGCUCUCCACGAGAUGCAGAAACAAAAGCUGAGAGAGAUGGAGGGUGAAGCAGACAAUGAAGACGCGAUGAACAGCAGCUUAUCCAGUGGCGAGUGACUGGGCUAGCGUUACUUCUCCUCCAAAACUCAGGAACAAAUCCAGCCAAGAGUAGUGUAGGCAAGUAGAGUAACUGGAUAAAGGGAGGGUCGUGGGGGUGGCCGGGGGGGAGGUGGGGAUGGCUACGGAGUUGGGAAUGGGAACUGAUUGUAUUUAAUACCCUGGGGCUUGGGUGCAGUUGAAGUGCUGUGUGCAGGGAGGGGAGGGACACAAGAUUCUCAGCUCAAUCCUUGCUCUAAUGUAGGGAAUGCCUGUCUGAUGGGGGGAGGGGGGAUGCAGGCAGCAGCAGUAUAGACCAUUCAAUACAGGCUUACCAUUGCAAACGCUGAGAGAAGGGGGGAGAUAUCAGAGGGAGGGAGCAACUGAUUGAGGGAGGCGAGACGGAUAGAGCGGAUGACGGACAGACUGGAGAUGGAGGGAAUGACCCAGGGAUGGAAGAUUGCAAACAUGAGUAACGAAUGGAGGGAGCGACUGCCCGACAGGUGGGAGACAGUGACAGACCAAGGUAUCGGAGAUGUAGGGAAAGUCCAUCCGAACAGAUGGAAGGAGAGCCAUUGUAUUAAACUGUGAAAGCUAAUUGCUUAGCUUCUGAAUCACAAGCGACAUUUCUGAUCAGGAUUUCGCUCCUCCAAUGGACAUAUGGUCUGAGCUGGAGGUCCCAAGCGAGCUGGUCGCCAGGUGAGUUCAGCACCAGGCUCCAAUGCUCUCGAGAGAAGCCGGCGGGCGAGGUGGGGGGAUAUCGGGCAUUGAGACCUGUUGAUUCUCACUGGAAUUGUGACCAUUCAAUGGGCUAGAAAUAGGCAAAUAUACUGCAGUCACACACUUCUCACAGGAAGAGGGGCAAUUGGAUGAGGUCAGCAGAACUGGAGCAAAGAAGAAUCUGAGCUGUCAGAGGAAUGCAGGGUGUAAGUGAGCAGAGCUCACACACAGUGCCUCCCCGAUUUGAUGGUCCUCAGCUCUGCGCAUGUGCACACCUUUUCAGUAAUUGGCAUUGAUUCAGCCGAUGUGGACUUAUUCUAAUAAAGAUCUUCACUGUACCCUGGUGAAGAGUGCUACUUGUA